AUGAAAGCUACAAUUUUAGGUAUUAUUUUAACCGUAGUAAUUUCAAUCUUUGGUAAUGUUGUUGCUAAUGGUGACUUACCGAAACGAGAGGAAAGAAAGUCUAAAGGAGUUACUACAUUUAUAAGCGCUAAAUGGGAAGCAACGCCAAUUGUACUAGAACUGGCGGAAUAUUUGUCUGCUGAAAGUUCUGAUUUAUUUUGGUCUUAUUUUGAUGGCAUUAUUUCACUUAAAUCAAGCUUAGAGUCCUUGGAGACCGAUAAACAAGUUUAUGAUGCUUGUAUUGGAGUAGCUAGUACAUUAUUAGCUCCGGCACAGCUCCGUAUGGCUAAGCUAGCCCUGUCCAUGCAUUUGACUUCACCUACAGUCCGCAUGUUUGAUCAGAUUGCCACACAAAAUGGUGCAAAAGAAUCGCCCUGUGAAACAUUUGUGGCAAUAGCAUCAAGAAAAGUUUGUGAUAAUGAUAUCCUUAGGGACAUUCUUAAAUCUACAGACAAAUUUGAUCCUGAGGAGCAUAGAAUUGAAACAUAUCUAUUAGAUCACUCAUAUCCCAGCAGUGACAACAGGAGCCUCACAGCUAUUUUAUACGGAGAGCUGGGAAAUUCUGACUUUUCGGCCAAACAUAAAAUAUUAUCUGGCUAUGCUGAUAAAGGUGUUAUUAACUAUGUGGUCAGAUGGAAUGUAAAAUCUAGAGGCAAGCCAAAGCUUCGUUUGUCUGGAUAUGGAAUUGAAUUGCAAUUGAAGAGUACAGAAUACAAAAGUCAAGAUGAUACCACUCCUAAGGAGUCUGUAGAUGAUUCAGGAGUACCCUCGGAAGAAGAAGAUGAAAACGAUCCCCAAAACCAAAUAGAUGGAUUCAAUUUCGGAAGACUAAAGAAUUUAUUCCCGGCACUUCGCACACCUCUCGAGCGUUUCCGAAGACAUCUAUCUGAAAUGAGUGAAGAAAUAGAGCCCCUUAAAGUAUGGCAGAUGCAGGCUCUGAGUAUGCAGGCCGCUGCUGCUGUGAUGGAUGCACACGACGCCGGCGGAGAUGAGGCUCUUAAAGUGUUGAUAUCUCUAGCACAGAACUUCCCCAUGCAGACUAAAUCGUUGAUCCACGUGAAUGUGCCCCGAUCUUUCCGCGAUGAAGUCCUGUACAAUCAAGACGUUUGGUCGUCAUCUCUAGGGCUGCGGCCUGCGGAACCCUUGUUGCUGGUAUCCGGGGCACAGUAUGAUGCUGACGAGGUCGACCUUAUGGCCCUCUUAGCAGCGCUCAGAGAAGAUAUAGGACCUAUGAACACUCUGCAUGCUUUGGGUCUGAACAAGAAGCUUAUCAACAAGCUUCUAUCACUUGAGCUCGGUGAGUCUUUCACUUGGGAAGAGUAUGGUUUGGACAUCCGUGACACGGCCAUCACAUGGCUCAAUGAUCUAGAAACAGACGAUAGAUACAGAAGAUGGCCAUCUUCAUACAUGGAACUCCUACGACCCACAUAUCCUGGUAUGCUGAGGAACUUCAGAAGAAAUAUAUAUAAUUACGUGAUAGUGAUAGACCCCACAUCACCGUCGUCCGCGCCCCCUUUAAAGCUUGGUGAGACAUUACUGAAACAUGCGACGCCCAUACGAGUGGGUUUGGUACUGGCACCGGGACAAGACUCCGCUCUUGGCACUGCACUAAGAAGCGCCUUCAACUAUGUGGCACAGGAGAGGAAUUCUAACAAGGAAGCCUUCUAUUUCCUUACACAGGUUCUCAAUUCUCUUCAAGAAGAUGCUCUGAGUGUUGAUCAUAUUAAAAAGUAUCUGAAAAAGUAUGCCAGCUCGAGCGCAAAUCUCGAUGAAAUUAUUUCAGAGGAAUCUGAAUUCAACUUUGGACACCAACUGGCUGAGGAGUUCGUGUCGAAGCUUGGAAAUAAUAAAUUCCCUCAAGUGAUAGUGAAUGGCGUCCCUCUGUACGAUGAGGGUUCUGGUGCUUUGUCAUCGGUUGAACUGUUGGAGGAAGCGCUAGUAACGGCCCUGUCACGACACACGGCGCGACUACAGCGAGCUGUGUUCAGAGGGAACCUCGCGGACUCCGACGACGCCGUAGAGUAUCUCAUGAAGCAGCCGCAUAUUGUGUCUAGGUUAAAUCGUCGAGUGCUCGCAUCUGAACCGUCUCAAUACUUAGACUUAUCUGGUGUAUCAUCAUCAAGAGACUUAUUUUCCGAAGACAAAAUUCAUCGCCUCUUACAUUUAACUGGACGCGACGCACUAGCAACGGCUUUACCUAUCUUUAAAUAUUUCAUAAAACCCGGGAAGUCUGAGAAGAUAACACAAACUCUUUGGAUAGCGGGAGAUCUCAAUCAGAAGGAAUCUAGAGAAUUGUUAAGAAAUGCUCUCACAUUUAUGAGGGAAUCGGGUGGAAUUCGCGUUGCAUUUAUACCUAAUGUUGAUGGUUCAUCCGGCGAGGAUCAAUCGUUUAAUAAAGUAGUUCUGGCCGCUCUCACUAGUUUGGAACCCGCAGAGGCUACCAAAUAUGUAGUUCAACUGUUAGAGGACGAAGGAUGUCAUGAGAGAAAAGAUUGUGAAAUUCUGCCUGAGUUAGUACCGGCGUUGAAUAAGUACGAGUGGGUGUUGAAAGCGUCCCGCGUGUUGUGUGCUCGGAGUUUGAAACUGCGUAGCUCAGAGCGAGCCGUCAUACACAACGCCAGAGUUAUAGGACCUUUCAAUAAAGGAGAGAGCUUCUCAUUAGAAGACUUCGCACUGCUUGAGAGGUACAGUAAUCAAGUAUAUGGAGACAAACUAUCCGAAAUGUUACAUCAGAACAAGAAGCUGUCGAAUAAUGUUUUGGAUGAUGACGAUGAUGUCACGGAGAUAAGCACAGAUAACUAUUUGAAGGUUAUAUCAGUGCUAGCUUCGCGUAGUCCCCGUGUGCGCACGCCCUUACCCACUGGCUUACGAACGGAUCAUUCAGUUAUAGAACUACCUCCUUUGUAUGAAGAUGAGGCGGCCGUUGAAAUAGUAGCGGUGGUGGACCCCGCGUCGACGGCGGCUCAGCGUCUCGCUCCCCUGCUGUUAGUGUUGCGUCGCGUUGUCAACUGUCGCUUACAAUUGUUCCUCAACCCACAGGACAAGAAUUCUGACAUGCCGCUUAAGAGUUUUUAUCGCUACGUGUUGGAGCCGGAGCUACAAUUCAAUAGUGCGGGUGCGCAGACGGGCGGUGCGAUCGCGCGUUUCUCCCGCUUACCGCACGCUCCUCUUCUAUCGCUGGAGCUGCGCACGCCGCCCAAUUGGCUGGUCGAAUGCGUGAAAUCUGUAUACGACUUGGAUAAUAUUCGACUUGCCGAUGUCGAAUCGCUGGUUCACAGUGAGUUCGAGUUAGAGUACCUGCUUGUGGAAGGUCACGCGUGGGACACGUCUUUGGGCACGCCUCCUCGCGGGUUACAACUAGUGUUGGGCACGAGACACCGACCAGACACAGUGGACACCAUCGUUAUGGCCAACCUCGGGUACUUCCAGCUGAAGGCCAACCCUGGCGCUUGGACGCUGCGGCUCAGACCUGGACGCUCUGACGAUAUAUACGAGAUUGUCGGGCACGAAAACACUGACACUCCAGCCGGCAGUAAAGACAUCCAGGUCCUGAUGAGUUCAUUCCGGAGUCAAGUUAUUAAACUGAGAGUCACUAAAAAGGCGGAUAAACAACACCUUGAUCUUUUAGCUGAAAAUGAUGAAAAGAAUGCUGGCGGGAUAUGGAAUUCUAUUGCAAGUUCCUUCGGAGGUGGCGAAGAACAAGAAGCACAAGAUGAGACUAUCAACGUGUUCUCAGUGGCUUCCGGACAUUUGUAUGAACGUUUUCUACGUAUUAUGAUGCUGUCUGUACUAAAGAACACUAAGUCACCAGUGAAGUUUUGGUUCUUAAAGAACUAUCUUAGUCCUUCACUUAAGGACAUCCUUCCAUACAUGGCUCAAGAGUACGGGUUCCAGUAUGAGUUAGUACAGUACCAGUGGCCUCGUUGGCUGCAGAGGCAGCGUGACAGACAGCGGACCAUCUGGGGGUACAAGAUACUGUUCCUCGACGUGCUAUUCCCGUUGGACGUCAAGAAGAUAAUCUUCGUUGAUGCUGAUCAGAUUGUUCGAGCUGAUCUAAAAGAACUAGUAGACUUGGAUCUAGGCGGAGCUCCUUAUGGAUAUACACCGUUCUGUGACAGUAGAAAAGAAAUGGAAGGAUUUAGGUUCUGGAAGCAAGGCUACUGGCGGAAUCAUCUCCAAGGUCGUAGUUAUCACAUCAGUGCCCUGUAUGUGGUGGACCUCAAGCGGUUCAGACGUAUCGCGGCCGGUGACCGACUGAGGGGACAGUACCAAGCGCUCAGCCAGGACCCUAACAGCUUGUCUAAUCUAGAUCAAGAUCUUCCCAACAAUAUGAUCCACCAGGUAGCUAUAAAGUCUCUGCCUCAGGAGUGGUUGUGGUGUGAGACCUGGUGCGAUAAUGAAUCCAAGAAAUACGCUAAGACCAUUGAUUUGUGCAACAAUCCCAUGACGAAGGAGGCCAAGUUGUCAGCAGCGAUGCGCAUCGUGCCUGAGUGGACCGACUACGACAACGAACUGAGAGCGUUACACGCCCGCGUGAGGCAGGGACACUACCAGGACGACUCAGAACAGGUACAGUAUCAAGGAGUAACUAUUAUUGCUCACCAAUUGGUAGUUACCCAAAUACUAAGAGACUACUCUUGUAUUCAUUAUGACACACCAAGUUCAGUUUAA